AUGACGGGAUCCUCCGGACGGACGAGGAAGUCGUCGAGCUCCUUCAACCAGGUCGGCAUCAGGGACAACGGGUGGGGCCGACGGCGUUCGGGACCGGGACCAAACGGUCACAGUCCCGGAUCCACCCCGGGUCAGUUGCCGGAACCGAUGCCAUCGCCAGAGCCCACGCUAUCGCCUCAAUCUGCUUCACCUUGCCGCAGCGAGACGAGCCUCGCGUCGCAUGAGCCGUCAAUGAUCCCGUACGAGGAAAGGAAGCUUGACUACCUUCUGCGCAGAGCAGACGACCGCAUCGUCGCGAGUGGUGCUCCUCUUCAUCACGGAUGGAAGCAUGUGCAUUCAGACAUCCUUAACCAGCUCGUCACGGAGCUACAACAUGUGGGCCCGGGGGCGGUCUGCGGUAUCAGGGCAAUGCACACCUCUGUUGCUUGCCUGAUCAUCUUGAUCGGUUGCUACGUGAAUGGCAAGAUGGACAAGCCAGAGGAACUCACGACGGUGAGGAGCGGGGUACAGGACAUUGUACUGAGCUUGUGCACAGUUCCUCGCCAAGAGGCACGUGUGGAAGCUUAUCAGGCGCUCACAACCCUGAGCUCCAGCGACCACAGCCUCGUGAAGAGGAAUUGCUCAGAACUUGUGCAGCUUCUGCCCAUCAAUGGUCCUGGAGACCAUGACAUUAUCCACGAGAUGCUAGCUAAGCACAUGGACUUGGCUCUCUCGGACUGUCUCCAAGUCAUGGUCGAUCACUACUGUGCUGGACCACUCAAGAGCCUCAUUCUGGACUUUUUGACGUCAGAGCGGGGCUGUGACGCAUUGGCCACCGUCAUAGGUGACCCUGCUCGUGAGGUCGAGCUUGCACAGCGGCUCGCGCCUAUCCUACCUACCACAAGCCGGGACAAGCUAGACAAGGUCAUCGACAUCUUGUCCUCUCUUCAAAAUGUCUGGCUCGAUCCGGAAGGGCCCCCCUCCAACGAGCGACUGGCCCGCAACAUGCAGGCGGCUGAAGCAGCACUUUUGUGGCACUUGUGCUUGGCGCUCAUGGUGCAGGGCGGCACUUACGACUACCCAGCCAAGCCCGGCACAGUUCUGGAGUCAGCCAGGAUCGAGACUAUCGUAGAAGAGGCUUUUGCCCCCCAGACUUCCAUCAUCGAGGGUGGGCUUGUUCACUUCAAGAACCUUGUGACCGCAUUGCAGGUCGAUUCUUCCCGAGCACAGACCAGGCCUUCGGCCUCAAAGGCCUUCAUUGAGGAUCUCGAAGAUGCCGUCAAGUACUUCUUCUGCGUCCUGCCGGCACAAUCCAGUGCCCAAGCAGCAGAAGAGUGUCUGCAUCACUUCUCCCCAGCUCAGAAAGUAGCAUUCUUUCGCUCCACUGCAAACUUGGCUGCAAGGGUCUUGGCAGCGGAAAGGUUUUGUCCCGUGGAGCUUGGCUUCUCCGCAGAGUCUCAUGCUCAAGAGAUGUUGAGAGUGAUCGCACGAGCAUUCAUCACGCACGUACCAGUCCCGGACGCAGACUCCAAAGGCACCAGCAAUGUGCCUGUGGUCGAAGGAGAACGGACGAAGGCCCGUCAUGCAUAUCUCGUCCUUUCGGCCGAAGCCCUCUUGGCAGCAGCUCACCAAUGCGAGUUGACUCUCACCUUGUCAUCUCGCGCGGCAGCAUGGCUCUCACGUCGCGUCAACGGGCGUUUUCGGGCACUGAUGGACUUGGCUGGUGAUGCUCGCCGCCUCCCGGAGGAGGUGCAUGCCUCAGCUGCGAUGCUAUUGCGACUCUGUGAAGAGUACACCACUCCACGUCGGCCACGACAAACCUAUGAGAAUACUGCGCUCAAGCCCGAGUGGCUGAUGCCGCCGCCCCCUUUCCCCGAGUCCAAUCUUGCCGCCUCCACCCCAGCUUGGAAGCCCAUUGCUUCGAAGGGGCGCUCAUCCACCGACGCAGGGCACAAAGCUCCCAAAAGGGAAGGCAGUCCAGUUGGCUUGGCAACAACCAGACGAGUUCGCGGCCGCGAGAGUCCUGCCGAGGGGCGUCGAUCGCGUCGCUGA